AUGCCAUUAGGAUUUCCCAUCAUUGAUCACGUUAUUCCUUUCGAAUACUCCACUAACAAGUAUGUUCAUCCUAGGUCUGCCUUUGAUAACAAUAAUUUUGAAGGUAUUAUUCUAGGUAUCUAUAUUGAUACUGGUACAAGUAAUCAUAACAUAGAUAUAAAAGAGGUAGAUUCUAUAGUGUUGCGAGGCAAAGAUCCUGUUACCAAUAGACCACUUGGUUCUCGAUGGAGUAUAAUUAACAAAGAGAAACAGCUGGAUAGAAAGAAAGCAAUAAAAUCAUUUUUACCCCUUGUUUUUAAACAGGAAAGGUCUUUAGUUAAUGAUUGGCAUUUAUGGUAA